AGUUUCAAUAUUUUAAUAAUUUGUAUUUGUACACUUAUAAGCGCUUUCAAAUUCAAGGAAUUAAUUAUAUAUGUAUAUUUUAUAAAAUUAUUUCAUUUUAAAUCUACGCGCUUACCUAUCGGGUUACGGGUUCUGUGGGUCACGGUCAUUUUUGAAAUAGUUCAAAUUUACUAUCGUCAAAUACAAACAAAAGUUAUCAUUCUAUAUUGAAUAUUCUUGUUAUAUUUGCAAGUGUCAGAAAAUGGCUAUAAAUAAUUAUUUUGACAAUGCUGAUAUAAAUAUUUAUUAUCAUAUGAAAAAUCACUAUAAAAAAUUGAGAAGUGCUAGAAGUACCAUUGAUAAUUCUUUGCCUCAGAGUUUCGUUAAAACAAGUUCUACUUCUACUCCGCCAAACUCUGAAAGGUCCCUAAAAAGGACAAAUUUCGAGGAAAGAGAUAUUAAGAAUGAUUCAUAUUUACCUGUUCAUUCUGGUAUUGUUCGGAAGCACAAUUGUAUUACCAAUUCUGCCUCAGCAACUAGUAACACCACAACUGCAAUAAAUUUACCGUCCAGAAGAAAUCCGUCUAUAAUUCCUUAUAAAAUGAAGCAUUUAGCAGUAAGAUCGUGUUCCACGGACUCAACUAGACGGAAAGACAUGAGCAUUAAAUUGAACAAGUUAAAAAAGAAGAAAAAAAUUGCAGACAAUAAAUGUAGCACUGGAGAUAGUAGAUCAGAAUCAUCUCUAAAUAAAAUAGAAGAUCUUAUGGGUGAUCAUCAGUGCACAGUCGGAGAACACGAUAAAAGUGAAACAAACCGAAGCAUAAUCACACAACAGUCUGAAGAAAAAUGUAAUAUGCAGCCUAGAGUGGAAGAACAUGAAUACCUCCAAUUUCUGUUAAGAAUAACUGAAGAUAUAAUCAUCAAUAACUUAUAUACAAAUGAAGAUAUAGAAAAAGUAUUUCACACACAUGUUGAAGCAAAUAAGGAUCAUCUAAAAGUGGUGAAAAUGGAAGCUCAGUUGGCUAGGCUGUGUACAGAACUAGAAAUUCCAUACAAAAAUAUUAAAAAUAAUUCUAGAGACUCGGCAUGUUAUGAGCAAUUUUUUAAUUCAUAUGCUCCUGAUCAAAACGAAAGAACAGAAGAUUGUGAAUGUACUACAAAACGUGUAUUAGAUAUUGAACUAAAAGACAACAAAAUAAUUUGUGAGAAUGAACAAAAAGAAGAAAACAGUGAAUUUUAUCUAAAAAAAAUAUGCAAAAUUAUAGCAAGUAAGUGUAGUUUGGACCGAGUAACAGAAUGUUCAGAGCCUAGUCAUUCACUGGAUGCAAUUAUUGGAUCUAUGAAACAACUUUCGAACACAAGUGUUUAUGAUUCACGCAAUAUUCUAUCCUAUUUUAUGGAGAUUAGUAACAAAUGUUCAGAAGAGAUAUUACAUCACAGUGAAAUACAUCUUGAUACAGAAGAAAAAAUUGUAUCUAAUGAUAAUCUCACUGAAAAAGAAAAGUUGGGUUGUAAGGAAGAGGAAAUUUUGUUUGAAAAAUUAAAUAGUACUUCGAUAAGUCCAAUAGGGGACAAUAAUAUUAAUGCAACUGUAAAUUUGAGUACUGAAAAUGAUAUAAGUACAAAUGAAAAUGAUAAACAAUCUGCAGUAUAUAUUCCUGCUAAUGUUUCAAUAGAGAAUUUAAUAACUCGUACGAUAGAUCAGGUUAAAGAAAAACCAGACAUUAUUUUGAACAGCCAUGUUGAUAGAUUAGUGGAAAAUUUCAGCACAACCUCCUGCAAAAACAUAGAAAAUUGUGGACAGGUAUGUUUAAAUUGCGACAAAGUGGAAAAUACAUCAGAAACAAUUUCAUCACAGAAAUGCAAUGAAAACGAAACGAGCUGUACCGCAAAUGAUAUAUUAGACACUAUUCAAAAUAAUAAAGAGGCAAGUUCAAAAGUAAUCAAUGAAUGUUUAAAUUGGCCCCCUGUUGGAAAUGCAGAACAUUGUGAUGAAGAUUCUUCUUCUUUAUUAAAAUGUAGGGAAAAUCGUGUAAACAAUACAAACGAUAUGAAAGAAAAUGUUAAUAACAUCAAAGAAAUAACAUUGAGAUGGGAUAAUGUACAAGCGGCAUUUGCUGAAAAUUCAUGUAAAGUUACUAAUGACCAGAGUACCCAGAUGGAAAUAGCGCAAUCAGAUAAAGAAUGUAAUACGAGUUUAAUAUUGAAUGAUUACCACAGAAACGAUUAUGUUUUACUUAAUGGUCCAGUUUAUGUUUUGAAAACAAUUCUAGAUUCCUCAGAUAAAUUAAUCAUAUAUGAUCAGGAUAACGUUGGAAAAAAUGUUGGUAAAGAAAUCGACCAACCAUUACACGAUGAAGAAGUUAGUCCCAUAAAUUAUGAUAGAAUUCCCACACUUCAGAUACAACCAAGAUUAGAGUAUAUACCUCCCUAUACCCAAGACGAUUUUUCAAAGCUGUUAAACUCCGAUUAUGACUUAAUGCCACAACGCGACAGCGAUACAUCUAACAAAUACCAUCACCUACUGGUAGAUGCUACGACCAGUAUUUCUAAUAUUGAUUUGAACGAGGCAAUAAAUAAUACAUUCACAAAUCCUGAUGCCUUGUUACUCAGUGAUAAGUAUGAAUUAAUCGGUCAGUUCCGCAAGGAAGAAAACCUUAUUCCUGAAACAGACAAUGUAAAACACAGUAAUUUUAAGAGAAAGGACUUUCAUUUUGAGCAUAGUCAUUGUGAAUUACAAAGCACUCUGCUGAAGGAAGUAAAUAAUCUCCCAAAUGUUUCUGAUAGCAACAAAACAGAAACGUCAUCACAUAUACCAAAUCUGGAUGUGCCUCUAACAAACUAUCAAUCGUUUUCAAAGGAUAUUAUAAAAGAAAAUGAUGUCAUAAGCAAGGAUUUAAGUGAAUCUGGAGAAAUUGUUAGGGCUUGUGUUUGUACAGAUGAGGAACUUUCUCAGAUGUCAACAUUUAGAUCUGAUAGAGAAAAUAAUAGCAGCAGUUUAUCUCCUAAUCACAAUAUUUUGGGUAAACGAAAACUUAAACAUCCUUUGUAACUGUUAAAAGAAUAUGUGCUAUUAAUUUUUUAACAUUCAAUAAAAUA